AACGUUUUGCUUCACAUGCUUACAGAAAACAACAAAAGCUCCAGCUAUAGUCAUAAAAAAAAACUCUGCAACAAAACCAAAUGAAUGCACCACCACCUGCUGCCAUCAUCAAAAACUAAGCGCAAACCCCCACAUGCAACACCUCCCAUCAUCCAACUGAUAAAAACCCAACCAGAAAUCAAUUUCAGAUCGACCCAAAUCAUGGAACAGCAGACCGUGGUGGAAAACAAGCCCAACCUCCCAACGGAGAUUAUUUCGGACAUCCUCUCAAGGCUCCCGGCCAAGUUGCUCUGCCGGUUCAAGUGUGUCUCAAAGACCUGGAUUUCUCUGAUCACCGACCCCAGCUUUGCCCAAGUUCACUACAAAAAACUCUGUCAGAAUGAUGAAGUGCUUUCCCAAAGAAGAAGAGUUGCACUCGUUGAUCCUGGGCUGAACUCAAUUUACUCUUUUGACCUCGACGAGUUCCUCGUUCGUAACGACGACGGCCGUGAUUUUCUCUUGGUCUCUGAGGAGGAGAUGGAGUGUGUUUACAGCAGUGACAGCCCAGAAAACUUUGUAACGUUGGUGUCUGCAUGCAAGGGUUUGCUGUUUUUUGCAUUGCGGAAUUUGGAGAUGUAUUUACUCAACCCUGCAAUAAGGCAGUCCAAGAAAAUCCCUACACCGCCGGAGUUUGGUGUGGGGGUUUGCUCUAAGUACCUCUUUGGGUUUGGAUUUGAUGACAAUGCUGAUGAUUACAAGGUGGUUUUUGGGCGGUGCUUCGAGGAUGGGAUUGAUUUCGGUGUCCAUGGGUUGAAAACGGGUGCAUGGCGUGUGAUCGAGGGGCGGUUUCCCUACAGAAGGAUUUUCAAUGACGAUUCGAAGGGGACCUUGUUGAAUGGGGGCUUCCAUUGGUUGACGAGAAGAACCGGAGGACAAACUCCGACUAUCAUGUCUUUCCGUUCAGAGGAGGAGGAAGUUCGAGAAAUUCAAAUGCCGAGUGAUUUUGUUGAGGAAGAUUUUACUUAUUAUAGUCUUGGGGCGUUCAGGGGAUGCCUGUGUGUGUCACUAUGGACUCUGCAAGAUGUAGGACAACAUGAGUUUUGGGUGAUGAAGGAAUAUGGAGUGAGAGAGUCUUGGACCAGAAUCAAGCUCUCCCUUACCAUGAUCGAUUCUGGCAAUAUAAUGCCUACCCCAUACCGGAAGAACGAUCAUGAUAUGUUGUUCGCCAAGUGGGUUAGUGAAUUGUGCUUGUACAAUUUCAAUGAUCACAGCUUUCUCACUCUCCCGAUUCCCCAAUUUCAUGAACUUCGCGAUGCUGAGGUCUACUUGGAGAGUGUUGUUUCGCCUAAUUAGUGUCACCAUGUUGACAAAGAACAUCAAGGAAAACAAGGAAACUCACUGAAGAAAAUGCACUAGGGAUACUCAGCAGCUUGAAGCUAUGGCAACAUCGGAAUCAAGUCUUCGAGGUUUGGGGGGCAGUUUCAACCUUCAACUAAUUGAAGAGCUUUCCAAAGAGACUAUAAGCAACGAGUUUGAGUUGAUGAUGUUUCUCAGGCCUACUGUAGUUUACUUGUAGUGUCGUACCCUGCU